AUGUUGGACCCACACUGCCCCCUGGCUCGUCUUCCUUUCUGUGUUUGUGAGCAGCGCAGACGCUGCAGGAAGAACUUGUCUCCCACCACAGAUUCAGGUGGCUGGGGGGCUGCAGAUGAUAUUGAAGAGCUGUCAGAGGUGACAGAGUUCAGAGUUGGGCCCUCGGGAGCCAUAAGAAAUUGCACACUUAUUGGGUGCACUUACGCCUGUGACUCCGCUCCCUGCACUGAUGGGGCCCAUUGUUGUGGGAUGGUGCUUCUGAGGCUGCUGAUUGGCCCCAAGAGCAGAUGCACCAGGUCCCCCCUCCAUCCCCCUCACCCCUACGCCCAAUUCUCCCUCCUGCUUUACCUUGCCUUCUCGUGCCCACACAGCCUUUGUCUCCCCGCAGACCUCAAGCCUAAUUGA